AUGACCCCGUUGCUCGAAGAAGAAGCUUGUAUGGUUGAUCACGAUCGCGAGUGCUACAUGCUCCGUGGGGACCAUAGUCAGCUGGCGCCCAUAUCCCGACUCCCUCCCGAGGUCCUGGGUAUGAUCUUUCUCCUCUGCGUACCCGACCCACGAUGUGGCCACCCGUUCCCCCAAAGUCACGCUUUCAGUCAAGUAUGUCAACAUUGGAGAGGAAUCGCCCUUGACACUGCCGUUCUCUGGUUGACCGUGCCUCGUGCGACCCUCGAACUCACCGACAUAUUCCUGUCGAGGUCCAGGAAUGCUUCGCUCGAUGUCCAUGUAUCAGAUGAUUUUAUCGAAGGGCCCGUAGCGGCCUCACAUCGUGCCGCCCUUGCACUCGUUCUCUCCCAUCUCAAUCGCGUUCGGAGUCUCGAUCUGGUCUACGAUAUCGAAACAUGGCUCAUGCCACUAUCCAAUGCGUCUAUAAAUCUUCCCGCCCCGCUUCUCGUCGACUUAUCUAUAAAAGCAUACUCCAACCAAGCGUCGCUACCGGACGAUUUCUUAGGCCUCUAUGCCCCUCGACUCUCCCAUCUCUACCUUGGCUAUGUCUCCUUCAACUGGCCAACACUGUUCCACGAAUCGCUCGUUCGCGCCUUGACCAUCCUUGAACUCGACCGGCUUCCGGCCGAUUCCUUCCCUUCCGGCGGAGAACUGGCCAUGGCCCUUCGUUCCAUGCCUUUCUUGCGCAACAUUGUCAUUCGGAUGGUGGAAGCAGAACAUGAUCAAGCUUUGGACCCAAUGCCGAUCUCAGGGGACGUUCCGUUGUUGAGCCAUUUGACCGUGUUGAGAAUGUACGGACCCGGUCCACAGACAUGUCACCUGCUCCAGCAGUUCAAAGUUCCUUCGACGACGUCUUUACACCUCUGUCUCACCCAUACACAACAGCAAUGCAAUCUAGGCCCGCUCUCAGCCUUGCUCAAGAAUCAUUGCACAGGCGGUGCUCCUGGUCCCCGAGUGCGGCGUAUGCAUUAUCUGGGGAGUGAUGAGCGGCACGUCCUACGGGUGUACCCAUCUUGCGAAGCAGAUUUGCUCCUCGCUCUUGUCAUCGAGUACAGCUGGCCGUCCGUGUAUGAAAUCGUCCGCACGCUUGAACUCAAGGAACUCACGCAUCUUGAGCUCAGUACGGACGAGGACAUGGAUCCGCUCGCUCUCACACGCCUAUUCCCCCUCUGCCAGAGCGCCACAAGAGUGCGAUUACAUGAUCUUGAAACAUGCGAGACCGUCGUCCCGUUCCUCAUUCCGUCAGAGGCCCGUGCCCUUCUUCUCCCUAGGAUGCGAUGGAUCUACUUGGACCUUACCUCGAAAUAUGGGGAGGAUUCCGACAGCUUCCUCUUGUUAUGCGAGGACCUCCUCAUCGAGCGGUACGAAGCCUCCGAUUACAUGCUGAAGAUGGUGUUCGUCCACCCGCCCCCGGAUCGCGAUUCCGAAGAUUACGAGAGGCUUCGCCAAAUCUCUCCGACACUAAUUUGGUCGGAACCUUCUUCGCGCCUGGCCGACGCACUCUAG